CACGUCCUGAGAGAGAGAGAGAGAGAGAGACGGCGGUGGUGUUGGAAAUCGGACGACAUGAGCUCGACGUGAACCGCGUAAAAAUGAUUUAAGACGCUUUCGGCGUUUGUUUUUUUCAUCCAUCGGAACCAAGGACGAGCCUGAGGCGGAGCUAUACUUCACGAUCAGGUGUAACACUGUCUGAUUCCUGAGGGGGCAGAAUGCCGGAACAGAGCAACGACUAUCGUGUGGUGGUGUUUGGGGCAGGAGGUGUAGGCAAGAGCUCCUUAGUGCUGCGGUUUGUCAAAGGCACCUUCAGAGAUACCUACAUCCCCACCGUGGAGGACACCUACCGCCAGGUGAUCAGCUGUGACAAGAGCGUGUGCACCCUGCAGAUUACAGACACCACGGGGAGCCACCAGUUCCCAGCCAUGCAGCGCCUGUCCAUCUCCAAAGGCCACGCCUUCAUCCUGGUGUACUCCAUCACCAGUAAACAGUCCCUGGAGGAGCUCAAGCCAAUUUACCAACAGGUCCUGGCCAUAAAGGGCAAUGUUGAGGCCAUUCCCAUCAUGCUUGUGGGCAACAAGAGUGAUGAGACGCAGCGGGAGGUGGAAACCAAGGACGGGGAGGCGCAGGCCAACCAGUGGAAGUGUGCCUUCAUGGAGACAUCAGCCAAGACCAAUCACAAUGUAACUGAGCUCUUCCAGGAGCUCCUCAACCUGGACAAGAAGAGGAACAUGAGCCUCAACAUCGACGGCAAGCGAUCAGGGAAGCAGUCCCGCGCCGAGAGACUGAAGGGCAAAUGCAGCGUCAUGUAAAAGGAGAAUCCAGGUGAGGAGGAAGGGAAGAUGGAGAGGAGGGGGUUAGGAAAGCUGAACGACGAGAGAAGAGUGAGUUCUGCACUCAUCAGUCAGACCACAAACACAAGCUCAUCAUCUACAUCCUCCUCCGUCCAGCUGGUGCAUUUACACACACGACUCAGCGGUUACUUUGGGAACAUAACUUGCGUUCACUUUGGAGCAGAUGUCCACAUGCAUUCUGCAAA